AUGGUGGAAAAGAACUCAGCCAUCGAGUUCAAUCCCUUGGACUCUUCAGACAAAAGGUGCGUGAAUUGGUGUUAUUGGAGAGGGGUGCCAUUUGAUAUUUUAAAACUUAAAGAAAUUGCAGCGAAUUUUUCUCUUUUCGUCAUUAGAUUUGCCAUCUUCAGAUGAAUAUUGGACGCAGACAUGAAGGAUGGGACUCGAGCUGGCAUUGGUUUGAAAGCAAAACAAAAAGAAAAAGAGCCAGUCAGUUUGUAA